AUUAUUAUUAUUAUUUAUUUUUUCCUUAAAUAAUAAAAAUGCAUAGCUAUCUUGUUAUUGGUGGUCAUGGUUUCUUAGGCCAACACGUUCAGGAACAGAUUCGACUUCGUAAUGAUGGUUCCACUAUUGCUGUCUUUGAUAUAUCUGAACCUAAGGAGCCUAAACCAGAUGUGAAGUAUUUUACAGGUGAUUUACGUAAAUUCGACGAUGUUUAUAAUGCACUUGAAGGCAUUACAGCUGUCAUCCAUACUGCAUCUCCACCUCAUGUAAAUACAAGUAAUCCACCUCGAGAUCUUUAUUUUGGUAUUAAUGUCGAUGGUACUUUGAACAUCAUCAAAGCUUGUCAAGAGAGAAAGAUUAAGGUUUUGGUAGUUACCAGUUCUGGUAGUGUUAUUUCUACAGGUGAGCCUAUGGUGAAUAUUGAUGAAUCGACACCUUAUCCUCCCAAAGCCAUUGAUGUAUACACAGAAUCUAAGAUGGAAUGUGAAAAGGUGGUCCUAAAGGCAAAUGGACAAGGUGGAUUAUUAACUUGUACUAUUCGUCCUUCGGCUAUUUUUGGUCCAGGAGAUAGACAACUUAUUCCUGGUAUGAUUGAAGUGUGUGAACGAGGUCAACAUCGCUUCCAGAUUGGUAAUAAUCAAUCCUUGAUGGAUUUCACUUAUGUUGGUAACGUUGCUUAUGCACAUGUACUUGCUGCUGAAAAAUUGUCUAUCCCUGACUCUGGUGCAGCAGGUCAAGCUUUCAAUUUGACCAAUGGUACACCUGUCCCCUUUUGGGAUUUUGCAUCUCGUGUCUGGGCAGAACAUGGAUAUUACAUGCCUAAUAACAAAAAGAUCAUUUUAUCUUAUAACGCCAGUAUGUUCAUUGCUCUCAUUAGCGAAACAAUCUUUAGUUUUAAGGAAUUAUUUUGGGAUAGAAGUCAACUUAAAGAAGGCAUGUCCCGUGCUCGAAUUAAGCAGGCCAUGUCCUCUCGUUACUUUAAUAUUAAUAAGGCGAAAACUAUCUUGGGUUAUGAGCCUAAAAUAGGUCUUGAUGAAGGUAUCAAAAUCAGUGUAGCUGAUUAUGAAGCUCAUCAUUCAAAUAAAAAAUAAAUUUAUUAUACUUUUAAUAAUUACUCCAAGCGUUAGCAUUGCCCUGUUCUUUAGUAUCAACUUCUUCUUGAAUUUGCAUUUGAACAUAUGCAAGUUUAUCAACUAAAGUUUUCAUUGCCAUUGUAACUAUUUCCUCUGGUGGUAAAGAUCCAACGGACUAAUCAUUUUAUGCAAAAAGUUAUAUAAAGACCUGCUAUUUAAAUUCAUUUUUUUUUUUUUUACCUCUGCUUCAAAAUAAAACUUAU